AUGGUCGCAUAUUUGUCGAUAUCGAGACUUCCAUCCCCUCAAAAUAAAAAGAAUGUAAGCUCCAUAUACUACCCCAAAACCCGGCACGUUCCUCGCAUCAGGAGGAGUCCCCACAGGAGCUUUCCAAACGAACCCCCCAUCCCAAAUCCACACUCCUCCUCCCAUCCCCUCACAUGGAGAAGAUCAAGUAUCGGAGCGCGUCAGAGAAACGGAAAAAAGUUCGUAACCACAUGGAAAUUUCAUCAAUAUCGCCUAAGCAUUUAAUCCAAUUCGAAACCCACGCACCCACCCGACACGACACGAUGCGUGGGGUCGGCCGCGCUGUUGCGUGUGCGUGUGUAGGGGUGAGUACGAGGGUCGUCCCGAGCCCGUCGACAGGUGGAAGACUGCU